AUGGACCAGCAGAGCAGUCAAUCCUGUAUAAAUGGCAAUGCGGAGAGACUAGCCAGGCUGGUUAUAAACCUCGGUGCCGGGUGCAUUGCUGACCCCUGCCCCCUCUCCCCCCUUCCUCUCUCAGCUGCCCACUCUCAGAGGGUGAAGGUGGAGCCGGAGGUAUCCUCGUACCCGGGGCAGGACAUCACCCUGCGCUGCAGCUUCUCCGACCCUACGGGCGAGGUCAAGAAGAGUCAGGUGACCUGGAUCAGGGAGACCCCCGACGGCAAGAAAGUGAACAUCGCCGUGUUCAACCCCCAGUUCGGGGCGAGUUACCCCGAAAAGAGCAUCGAGGGGCGCAUCGCUUUCCGGGACCCCUCCCUGCAGGACCCCAGCAUCAUCCUGCAGGGGAUCACCAUGGGAGACGAGGGCAACUACAUCUGCGAGUACGCCACCUACCCCAGCGGCAACGAGGAGGGCAUGACCAAGCUGUUUGUGCUGGCCAAGCCCACCAACAACGCCACAGUGAUCCCGGUCCGAGCGGGGCCGGCCCCCGUCGCCGUGGCGCGCUGCGUGUCGGCCAAUGGCAAGCCUCCGUCCGAGAUCACGUGGGUGUCGGCCCUGCCGGGGAACGGUACGAACUCCGCGGUGACGAACAGCGACGGCACGGUCACGGUGACCAGCGAGUACAGAGUGACCCCGUCCGCAGCGCUCAACGGCAAAGACCUCAGCUGUGUGAUCCAGCACAAGACCCUGAGCAAGCCAGCAAGCUUCCAGCUCAAAGUGUCCGUCGAGUACCUCCCCCAGGUGACGAUCUCGGGCUACGAUGGGAACUGGUUCCUGGGCCGGGAGGGGGUGGAGUUACACUGCGCAGCCAAGGCCAACCCCCCCGCCACCAACGUGGUCUGGAGAGCUCUGAGUGGAGUGCUGCCCCGCUCCGUGGAAGUGAGUGGGCCAGUGCUGAAGGUGACGAAGGUGGACAGCGAACUGAACACCACCUUCAUCUGCGAGGCCCAGAACAGUGUUGGAACGGGCAAGCAGGAGUACAACAUCCUGGUCAGAGAUACUCGUCUCCCGAUGAAGGGGCCAGCCACUGGCAGUAUCGUUGGAGGGAUCAUUGCUGCCAUCAUCAUCCUUGCCGUCAUAAGCACCAUCGUCAUGAUAAUCAAGAAACAGCGCAAGAACCGCUCCAGCGGAGAUGAUAUGGAGGGACCUCCUUCCUACAGGCCCCCCCCUCCCAAGAAGACCGGGGGCUCCACAGAAGCACUUGAUAAACUCCAUGUGGACGAUCCCUCCAGAAUCAAUUACUUUGAAAGCAACGCCCAGCCAGACACGGACGUAGACCCUUACUACGAUGACCCUGUGGAGGCACACUUCAGAGACAACAGCAGCUCGGGGCCCCCGGGCUACAGCUCCCCUAGUGGCCAGGAGGAGAACUACCCUCACAUUGCCCCUGUGCUGGACGACUAUCUGGAGCAGACGAACCCCAUCUACAAUGAGUUGAGCUACCCAGAGCCAGGGUCCUCCCACGACAGGCAGAGCUAUGUGAUGUCACCGGCUGUGUACGUCUAGACCACACCCACCCUGGCUCCUCCCCACUAGGGGCGGGGGCUUUGGGAUGUCACUGGCCACACCUCUCCUUGCCACAGAUAUACAGAAUAGACUCUUUUUUUUCCCCCCAGCAGUUGUCAAUAACGCGGUGGGCUUGAGUAGCGAUGUAGGUUAAUACAGAAUUCAUCAGAGGUCGAAAAUUCAAGUUAAGUGGAGAUUAUUGUCCUAUUUUAUUUUUAACCAGCCCUCAAUGAUAUCCACUGAAGCAGAAAUGUUUUUCUGGGUGGCAGUUGGACUGGUUUUAACCCUUACCCUGCCAGCUAAAAGUGUGCAGUGCGCCAAGGGCUGAGAUGUGAAUUUAAUGCCAGGUUUAUAGAUGCGUAGCUAUAUUGUCAGCCCUCCCCAGGGCUUUCAGCGUGAUAACACACAGAUUGGCUUUAGCUGGGCUGUGCGCCAGGUAUUAGACCAACUGCAGAAGAGGGGGCAUGAGAAGGAUUUAAACCACUUUCCUACCUAGAAAACCAUAAGAGCUUUCUCCUCAUCGUGCACAAUUCGAGAGUAUGCAAAAUUGUCAAAUCCAAAUCACUCCAGAAAUACCUGCCUUGUUUUAAAAUCACAUUUUAAAAGGAUUGCCUUCCAUUUGCAAUUAUAAGCUGUAUAAAGUCUAGGCUCUCUCUCUCUCUCUCUCUCUCUCACAGCUCAGUUUGCCCCCUGCUGGCUGUACAUUGAAAUGAUUCUGUAACAAAUUGAAUGCAAACUGACAAUUUAAUGCAAAAUAACGUGUGAAAGAAGACACUAAAGCAAAAACACACGCCACUAAUUUUAUUUAUUUUUUCCUACUGAAUUUCUGAAUGUCAAUAUAUAUAUUUUUUUUUGGUAUAUAUAUUUUGAAUAUUUCUAUAUUUCGGUAAUGCAUGUUAAUUUUCACUGCAGCUGGAACCCGGGUGGGGGCAGGUUUAACGGUUACACCCUGGUGUUCCAGCUGUGCUUGGAGAGAAGACGUGUUUGGGAGCUCUAGCAAGGCUGCUUUUUAAUAUUAUAAAUAAAUUAAACAAACAAAAAAAAAAGAUCUAAAAAUAAAUGUGAAAAUUCAGACCUCGAUGCAAGUUUGCAGAGACGGCAGCCUGCCUGUGAUGUGCUGAGCUGUCAAUGUCUCUACAGUAUAAUGGGCGAUUCGACCAGGCUGAGUCGAAAUUGUAACAGUAAGGGAAAUCAGACGCUCAUCUAUUAGGAAGGUUUUAUUUUCCCGACGUUAUAAAGGUUUUUUUUUUUUUUAAAGCCCUUUAUCAAGCUACGCUUACACGUUUAUUUUGUAGCUGGCUGCCCAACGCGUGCUGCUGGAAAGGGGCUGAAAACCCCGGGGCUCUGCCCGGCACACAGCCUGCAUCGCCACUAGAUUGCAUGAUCCCAUCUGUUUGCAUCGUUCUCGCCGGUCUGUUGUGCUCUGCACCGCUGAGGGGGACUCUGCCCGGGGCACAGCUCUGUACGACGGGACAGCAUCGUGGGGUGGGGUGGGGUGGGCGCUUCUUAGCAAAAACUCGAUGCUGUGUAAGCUUUUUUUUUUUUUUUUUUUAUAAUUUGGUGUCUUCACGUAGCGAUUACUGCUUUUAUAAGAUGUUUCUGUAUAGUUUGUGUUUUUUUUGUUUUUUUUUUUUUUUU